AUGGGAGUAUUUCACGCCAGUUUAUACGAGUACACAGUAGAGUACAGUAAUGGCCACAACGGGCAUUCGGACCGGGGCCUGCAGGUAGCAAUAAUAGCCAGGAGCAGUAGCAGCUGCAACUACCAGUCGGAACUCGGCCUCACCUGUCCUCGUUCCCGCGCCGGCCACAUGUGUGUGUGUGAGUGUGUGUGUGUCUGUGUGUGA